AUGAGAAUAUGCAGCCGAUGGAUUUCGAACCCGCCAGGUCACCUCAUAGCACCUGCAAUUAUUCUACUCUUCCUCUAUGGAUGCAUACCCCCAGACAAUCAGUUACAGAUCGCCAAGAUUGAACGCGACAUUCUGAAGUUACUGAACGAGAAUGCUGCAAGUGUUUCUAUGGAAUCAAUCCGACAGGCAACUGACUACGCAAACUUCAUUCGUCGUCUCAAGGCUAUUGGAAAGCCACCAAAUAUACAAUUUUUGAACAACAAAAUAACCGACCUCGUGUUGAAUCACUUAUGCAAUUUGAGUAUCAUGAAGGGUGCUCUGGACCGAAUGGCAUUUGUGACAUUUGAUGAGGAAUCUGCACAAACAAUUCAAGCAUUUUAUCCUUCUAUACCAAUUCUCAUAUACGAAAAUCCGUUGCUACAGGGAGGCAUAAAAAGUCAAGCGGAUAAUGCAGGGCAAAUUGUUCAUCAGAUGUAUCGCUAUCAAUUGAUGUUUAUAUUUCGUGCGAAUUUAAUCAGAACUCUUCUAUACGAGGAUAUCUCUCUUUGGAUGACUCAAGCGGAUAGCAUUUGGCGAGCUAGUCUUUUUGAUUUCGGUUAUGAUCUCGAUCAUGAUCAGAAUAAUGACUUGACUGAUUAUGAUGCUUACUUCGAUACUGUUGGAACUGACGAGAUAUUUUACUUCAAAAAGCUCCAACCGUGGAUAUGUGGAUCAACAAUUUUCGCGCGUGCUAAUGAUCGGAGUCGACGACUCUUUGAUCGACUCCACACGCUACUUCUGCAAAUGGUCGCAGCAGAUUCAGCGCUCUUAUCAAAACUUUGUCAAAAUGCUGUAGCCAAAUGCUAUUUAAUGCCCCACAGUGUUGCAUCGAACAUCAACUGGUUCUACGGUCCCGAACGGAAAAACCCACCAUAUUUCAUUCAAAUCGAUGGAACGGCUAAAAAUACGACUAAGAUGAAGUAUUUAAGAGAUAACGGCUUCGGUUUCAUUGACGAAAGGACAAACGAGUGCAGCCAUGCUGCCGUUCGUGAUGGAAUCUACCGUCUCGAACUUGCACCAAAAACUAUCAUGACCGAUCAAAUAUUUCCAUUCAAUUUCGAGUUUGAAGACAUAACGAUUCGAUUGAUUCCGUUCGGUAUGCAGCGAUAUCAACGACUGAAGUUCAUACCAGCAUAUCGCGCUCGUUAUUCGAUCAAAUAUCCGUAA